AUGCAAGAGCAUCAGCUUUCCGGGCUUGUCGGUCUUCGCUCUGUAGCCCAUCCGGUCAUCUACAUUACACCCGUUGGCAUGGCUACGCUUCACUUUUUCCUCUGGAAUGUUUUAUUUUUUUGGCCCCAUUUCCUAGUUUUGCUGGGUACAUUUCUCGUGCAAUUCACUCUGUCCCGCUUGUCAGGCGUUAAACGCUGGCCCGGCUCAGACGUCAAUCCGUUGCGUCCAAUUGGUGCAUUGGCCUGCCCGACGCCCAUUGGCCCCGGCUAUUUGAGAUCAGUCCUGUCCAGUCCACUUUUGAUUGGUUCACCGUCCCAGUUGGCCACUCUCACGUUCGUGCCGGGCUGA